AUGGCGAGAUGCUUUAGCUUUACAGCGUCGAGAGAUUGGUUCUACCGCUAUUUCUUCUCAUAUUCCGGUCUUGAUUCCGUCUCCAUGGACUUCGGGGAUGGCACAAACCUCCAUUGUUGGGUGCCAAGAACCCACAAAGAUUCCAAACCCACUCUUCUUCUCGUCCAUGGUUUCGGAGCCAAUGCAAUGUGGCAAUACGGAGAGAUCCUCCGCCACUUAAUUCCCCGGUACAACGUCUACGUGCCGGACCUCCUCUUCUUCGGCAGCUCCACCACCUCACGGCCGGAGAGAACCGAGGCUUUUCAAGCUCAAUGCGUGAUGAGGUUCAUGGAGGCGCAUGGGGUUCAUAGAAUGAGCUUGGUGGGGAUAAGCUAUGGUGGGUUUGUUGGAUAUAGCAUGGCGGAGCAGUUUCCGGCGGCGGUAGAGAGGGUGGUGCUGUGUUGUACGGGGGUGUGCUUGGAGGAGAAGGAUAUGGAGGAGGGUUUGUUUCGGGUUUCGGAUUUGGAGGAGGCUGCUAGCAUUUUGUUGCCCCAAACGCCGGAGAGGCUUAGGUACUUGAUAAGGCUUUCUUUUGUUAAGCCUGUGAAGGGUGUGCCCUCUUGCUUCCUUUCUGACUUCAUUGACGUGAUGUGUGCAGAUCAUGUAGAAGAGAAGAGGGAACUCAUCCAAGCAAUACUCAAAGAUCGACAUCUUUCCAAUAUUCCUAAGAUCACACAGGUUAUUGAUUUGCCAAAAAAUCGCGAAUUUUUGGAAGAGCAUGUUGGGGAGAAUUCUCGACUAGUAAUCAUAAAAAAUGCAGGGCAUGCUGUGAACCUAGAGAAGCCCAAGGAAUUUGCUCAACACUUGAAAGCCUUCCUUGCUAAUUUCAGCUCCUCCUCACCACUUGAGAAGCAACACUCCUGCACCAACAAAGCAGAAUGA